ACGAACCCCCUUCAACCCCACCCCCAACCCCGACAAUCUGAUUCUCGAGUUCAGAACCAUGGUCAGCUCCUGCUGCUCUCCUGCAGGAAGUGACCAUCGUCAGCGCACAAUUGACAAACCACGGCAGGAAACACAGAAACUCGAUAGCAAAACAGGGCUCAGAAAAGCGGUUUUCCCUCUUUACAUCCCUCCCCUCUGUGUAGUAUCUCCCAGCAAAUCCCCGGCGGUGACUGGAGAGUUAAAACCCCGACGAGACGUAGCAGCAAUAAUUUCAUUCGGUAGGGGUGUUGGUGUCGGUGCGACCAGUCUCACUAGGCUCGCCCAACACUAGACGUCCUUCAAUUUUAAUCAAAAUGCUGGAUCCAUCUUCAAGCGAGGAGGAAGCAGAAGAGAUAGUGGAAGAGGAGCGCAAAGUAGUGGCAGCACCCAAGGCUGGCGCCCGCGUCUCUCCAAGUCGGACCAGCGAGAGCUCUGGGGGCUUACAACCCAGUCGGAGUAGCAAUGUCCGUCCAUCAAGUCCGAGCCCUUCGUUGGCGAGCGAGAAGGAGAAGGAAGAUUUGGAAAAGAUGCAAAGAGAAGAGGAAGAGCGAAAGAAGAGGCUACAGCUUUAUGUCUUUGUCAUGCGCUGCAUCGCUUACCCUUUCAAUGCUAAACAACCAACCGACAUGGCGAGACGACAACAAAAGAUCAAUAAACAACAGCUGCAGACGGUCAAAGAACGUUUCCAGGCCUUCCUCAGUGGCGACACGCAGAUUGUGGCCGAUGAAGCAUUCAUCAAUGCCGUCCAGAGCUACUAUGAGGUGUUCUUGAAGAGCGACCGCGUGUGCCGGAUGGUGCAGAGCGGCGGCUGCUCAGCCGCCGACUCUCGCGAGGUCUUCAAGAAGCACAUCGAGAAGCGCGUGCGCAGCCUGCCCGAGAUCGACGGCCUGAGCAAAGAGACUGUGCUCAGCUCGUGGAUAGCCAAGUUCGACACCAUCUACCGGGGCGAGGAGGACCCACGCAAGCACCAGCAGCGCAUGACGGCCAGCGCCGCCUCCGAGCUCAUCCUCAGCAAGGACCAGCUCUACGAGAUGUUCCAGUCGAUCCUCGGCAUCAAGAAGUUUGAGCACCAGCUGCUCUAUAACGCCUGCCAGCUGGACAAUCCAGAUGAGCAGGCAGCUCAGAUCAGGAGGGAACUGGACGGCCGGCUGCAGAUGGCCGAUCACAUCGCCAGGGGUGGCAAGUUCCCCAGGUUCGUGUCAAAAGAAAUGGAGGCCAUGUACAUCGAGGAGCUGAAGUCGUCUGUGAACCUGCUGAUGGCCAACCUGGAGAGCAUGCCCGUGUCCAAGGGAGGAGAGUUCAAGCUGCAGAAGCUCAAGCGGGGACACAACACCUCCAUCAUAGACAUGGGGCAGGAGGACGAGAACCAGCUCUCCAAGUCAGAUGUGGUGCUCUCCUUCACCUUAGAGGUGGUGAUUAUGGAGGUGCAGGGCCUCAAGUCCCUGGCGCCCAAUCGGAUCGUCUACUGCACCAUGGAGGUGGAGGGGGGGCAGAAACUGCAGACAGACCAGGCUGAAGCCUCCAAGCCCACCUGGGGGACGCAGGGGGACUUCACCACCACGCACCCACUCCCGGCUGUCAAGGUCAAGCUGUUCACCGAGAGCACCGCCGUGCUGGCUCUGGAGGACAAGGAGCUGGGCAGGGUGGUUCUGCACCCAACUCCCAACAGCCCCAAACAGGCUGAGCUGCACAAGAUGGCCGUGUCCAAAGGCUGCCCUGACAGUGACCUCAAGAUCAAGCUGGCUGUUCGCAUGGAUAAACCUCAAAACAUGAAGCACUGUGGGUAUUUGUGGGUCAUUGGGAAAAAUGUGUGGAAGAGGUGGAAGAAAAGGUUCUUUGUCUUGGUGCAGUCCCGUGUGAGCCAGUACACCUUCGCCAUGUGCAGCUACAGAGAGAAGAAGGCUGAGCCUGUGGAGCUUCUGCAGCUGGACGGAUACACUGUGGACUACACCGACCCUCAGCCAGGCCUGGACGGUGGCCGGGCCUUCUUUAACGCCGUGAAGGAGGGUGACACUGUGAUCUUCGCCAGCGAUGACGAGCAGGACCGCAUCCUGUGGGUCCAGGCCAUGUACCGGGCCACGGGCCAGUCCCACAAGCCUGUGCCGCCCACACAGAUCCAAAAGCUCAAUGCCAAAGGGGGCACGGCGCCCCAGCUGGACGCGCCCAUCUCUCAGUUCUCCGGACUGAAGGACGCAGACCGGGCGCAGAAGCACGGCAUGGACGAGUUCAUCUCGGCCAACCCCUGCAGCUUCGACCAUGCCACGCUCUUCGAGACGCUGCAGCGCCUCACGCUGGACCACAGGCUCAACGACUCCUACUCUUGCCUGGGCUGGUUUAGUCCAGGUCAGGUGUUUGUGCUGGAUGAGUAUUGCGCGCGAAAUGGCGUGCGCGGCUGCCACAGACACCUGUGCUACCUGCGGGACCUGCUGGAGCGGGCAGAGAACGGCGCCAUGAUCGACCCUACCCUGCUGCACUACAGCUUCGCCUUCUGUGCCUCGCACGUCCACGGGAACAGCGAGAGAGCGAGUGAGUUACUCAAAUGGCCGGUGUCCGAGGCCGACCUCGGUCGGGCCCUGUACCCAACGGCCCCGUGGGGGGCCCCCGAGUCCCCCGCCCCCUCUAAGAGGGAGCUCAAAAUCCGGGAGUUCAGGAGAAAAAAGGACUCCAGCACAACACAAAUGGCCUCCAGUGGUGCCAAACGGCCUGAUGGGAUUGGAACGGUGUCGGUGGACGAGAAGGAACGCUUCGAAAACAUCAAGGACAGACUGCGCGUGCUCCUGGAGAACCAGAUCACACACUUCAGGUACUGUUUCCCUUUCGGACGACCAGAGGGGGCGCUCAAGGCAACUCUGUCUCUAUUAGAGAGGGUCCUGAUGAAAGAUAUUGUCACUCCUGCGGCUCAGGAGGAGGUGAAAAAUGUUAUCCGAAAAUGUCUAGAGCAGGCGGCCUUAGUGAACUAUCAGCGACUCUCUGAGUAUGCCAAAGUAGAAGGGAAAAAGAGAGAAAAGUAUGAGCAUGCUGUCUUCUUCUUGGCGUCACAAGUGAUGGAUUUAACCAUUCAGAAUGUAGGCCGGUUAGUCACUCCUGCCAAAAAGCUGGAAGACACCAUCCGCCUGGCAGAGCUGGUCAUAGAGGUCCUGCAACAGAACGAGGAGCACCACGCUGAGCAGGCCACAGGCCCAAGCACGGGAGAUCAGUCGGGUAAAGAGGCCUUUGCGUGGUGGUCGGACCUGAUGGUUGAGCAUGCGGAGACCUUCCUGUCCCUGUAUGCGGUGGACAUGGAUGCGGCACUGGAGGUGCAGCCCCCCGACAGCUGGGACAGCUUCCCCCUCUUCCAGCUGCUCAAUGACUUCCUGCGCAUUGACUAUAACCUGUGCAAUGGAAGGUUCCACAAGCACCUGCAGGACCUCUACGCCCCUCUGGUGGUGCGAUACGUGGACCUGAUGGAGUCGUCCAUCGCCCAGUCCAUCCACAGGGGCUUCGAGAGGGAAUCCUGGGAGCCGGUGAAGAGUCUAACGAGUAAUCUACCCAAUGUCAACCUUCCAAAAGUACCAAACCUAGCAGUGCCAGUUAACCUGCCUACCUUUUCCGCUCCAACAUGGAUGGCAGCUAUAUCAGACACAGACAAUGGGUCUGGGACAUCGGAGGACCUCUUCUGGAAGCUGGACGCCUUGCAGACCUUCAUACGGGACCUGCACUGGCCAGAGGAGGAGUUCGGCAAACACCUGGAGACCCGGCUCAAGCUGAUGUCCAGCGACAUGAUUGAGUCAUGUGUGAAGCGAACGCGGGCCGCCUUCGAGGCGAAGCUCCAGCGGAGCAGCCGGACAACAGAUUUCCGCGUGCCGCAGUCAAUAUGCACCAUGUUCAACGUGAUGGUGGACGCCAAGGCCCAGUCUGCCAAGCUGUGCGCCAUGGAGCUGGGCCAGGAGUUUGUUAAAGAUUGGCGACAGUACCACUCUCAAAUCGACAAUCUCAUUGAGGAGACGGUGAAGGAGAUGAUCACCCUGCUGGUUGCAAAGUUUGUGGUUAUUCUCGAGAGCGUCCUAGCCAAGCUGUCCCGCUACGACGAGGGAACGCUCUUUUCCUCCUUUCUGUCUUUCACAGUGAAAGCAGCCUCAAAAUAUGUGGAUGUACCUAAGCCGGGGAUGGACAUUGCCGACAGCUAUGUGACCUUCGUCCGCCACUCCCAGGACAUGCUGCGGGAUAAGGUCCAUGAGGAGAUGUACAUAGAAAGGUUAUUUGAUCAAUGGUAUACCAGCACCAUGAACCUCCUGGGCACCUGGCUAACGGACCGCAUGGACCUGCAGCUUCAUCUGUACCAGCUCAAGAUCCUCAUCCGCGUUGUCAAGAAAAAGUACAGGGACUUCCGGCUGCAGGGCGUGUUGGACUCCACCCUCAACAGCAAGAUGUACGACACUGUGCGCCACCGGCUGAUGCUGGAGGAGGCCACCGCAUCGGUGCGGGACGGAGGGAUGUCGGGAAUAUCGAUGAAGGACAGCGAUGAAGAGGACUGAAUCACUAUGGCAGCCGAUGAUGAUCACAUCCAUCUCAGCACGCCGCACAAUGCAUGUUAACCACUCCAUCUUUUUACUUACAUUGGGCUUUCAGUCUUUAGGUCUUCAGUGCCCACGAGGCACCAGAGAAAAAUUAUUCCGAAGAGCCAUCGCGGCUAAACUACUGAUUAGAUUUAACAUAGUUAUUGUCACGAUGGAAUUGAAAAAAAAAUAAUGUUGGUGUUGUAUGAUAAAAGUUAGAAAAUGUCCAAAUUUCCCACUUCAGUGUCUCUGAGCAAUAUGGAGUACCAUUUCUGUAUGUUGAGUGAGAUGAUUAGGAAAAUAAAAUCGCUAGGUGUGUCCUUUUCAGUGCAGAUCUCUAUGGCGCUUAAUACAUGAAUGGUAUCCAGUUGUGCAUAGACCUCUUUAUUUCCAGUAUGUCUGAAUGUAUGCCAAAAUUGAACAACUUGAUUCGGGUGCAUUUCAACUGUCCGCCAAGCUUGGGUAGUAAAGAAAGCUGGUGUCUGUUCAUGUCUACACUCAUUUCUGUGGCUCUUAAUGGUCUCCGCCAAUGACCAGAGUUCUGACACUUUUUUUUUUUUUUUUUUUUUUUAAACAGCUGGUGUUGUAGAAAUGCAAAACAUGCCCAAAAUAUCACAGUGACUUUUUUUUCGAGGACACUAUCAAUAUUUUCUAUGCUUUUGAACCACUCACAAAUUAUAAAUAUGUUAUAUUUUAGUUAAGUAGUAUUUAUGUUAUCUAUUUGACAUAAAGAAGAAUCUUGCCUCUGUUUAGCUUACUCAAGCCAUUCCAGCUUAUGAUGUUCCCAGUUUUUUCUAUAUGGAUUGUGGGAUGAUGUCUGCCCGUCCUGCCUUUACCUUUGUUGUUUUUGGUGUGUAGACUAUGCUGUACAUUGCCCUUUGUGCAGUAGCCGCAUGUCCCGAAUUCCCAACUCUUUCCAAAAGCUUUUGUUAUUCUGUGCAAAGCUACUGGUGGAUUCAUCUCGCUUCAGCCUUAUGGUAAGCCCACGGUUGAAAAAUAAGAUAUUGGGCCUACGGAAAUAAAAGUAAAAAAAAUAUAUGUACAAAAAAAUGAAAUAAAAAUAUAUAAAUUAA